CAACACCAACAAUAAAAUAUUAUUUUUUUUAUUAUUGUGGCAACUUUAAAAUCGCUCUCUCUUCCUCCUUCAACGCCAUCAAGAUGUAACGUGUAACAUGUCGUGUGCAAGAAAAUAAAUAAUUUUGCUAUAACUUACAACAACGUCUUUGAAUACGACCAACCGCAGACCCUAACAUGGUCCUUCGAAAAGUAACGAGCAACCUGUGGAUUGGUGCAUCUUGAGAAGGGUUUGCGGAACAUUCGUCGCUUUGAAGACGCGAGGCCACGCGAAAACGCCGUACGCCGCCAUCACGGCGCAAGACAUUUCUCGUCGGGUGAGGCGCGAACCACGGCUACACUAUGUGCGCCAGAAAGUAGCAAACAAAAACGGCUGCGAAGAUGAAUUCAGCCUGAGACUGUAACAACUCUGGGGAGCCAGUCAACCAAGCCUGCAAGGAUCACGGCGCAAGAAAACUUUCGUCGGGUAUGGCGCGAUAUGUAUACAAGGAAGCAACAAAGUUAACAGUUGGGAUGAUUAAUUUGGCAUGCUGGACUACAACAGUUGGCGAACCAGUCAACCGGACCUGCAAGGGACUUCAUCAGGAGUAACGGGCUAACGUGACAUCAAUAACGAGUAUAUUAUUAUAUAGUAUAAGGAACUAUUAAUUUACAAGGCGGCAACGCGGCGUGCUCAACAUCACGGAUAAAGCUACCGAACGUAGUUAUUCCUACAUUUACUGAAGUCAAGCAGCAUCUGGCAGCAUUAAAAAACCUGGGUGAGCCCAUAUGGGACAGCAUCAUCGUAUGUAUUGUGCUACGCAAAUUAGACAUGCUGACAAGCCGGGCUUUCAAGAUGGAGCGCGACAACAAGUCUCUGCCAACAGUUGUGGAGCUGACAGAGUUUUUAGAGCGGCGAGCGUUGGCUUUAGAAACCAACGACAACAUUCCUGUCCAGAACACGCGCCCGCAACGCCUUGUUAGCCAUGCUGUAGCAACACCCUCUGCUUCUGCUGCAUGUUCUUACUGUCCUCCUGCCGCCCCUUGAAGGAGCCGCCACUACAAGCAGCCAGCGUUCUGCUUGCGGUCCGGGUGCAGCCAGUCCUGAGCAGCCAUCAAUACUACACACGUCUUUCGGUCACGUCGUCGCCGGCAGUACAGGCACGCCUACUACAUCCAGUAACCAGGUUAUAUCCUUAUUUUGUCAGGAAUGUAGUACUAGCUUAAAUGAAAACAUGAGUGCAUUUUGGAGGGCAGAAAAAGUACCUGAAAUCUUCCCAGAGCAAGUACCUGAACAGGAUUAUUGUGAAAAGCUUUUUCAGGAGACCACUAGGCUUGAAAAUAAUAAAUUCCUAGUCACUAUGCCAACUAAAGUCCCUUUAGAGCAAAUUAAUUCUGAACUGGGAGAUUCUUUUAAUCAGGCACUACAAAGAUUCAUUAAUUUAGAAAAGAAACUGCAAAAAAAUCCAGUUCUUUUCAGAGAAUACAAAAAGUUCAUUGAUCAGUACACUGAAUUAAAACAUGGUGAAUAUAUUGAUAUAAACAGCUAUGAUCUUAGCAAAGAUCCUGUUUUCUUUCUCCCACACCAUGCAGUUAUAAACGAGAGCAGUCGAACAACAAAAUUAAGAACAGUGUUUGAUGGCUCCAUGCGUACAAAUAAUAAAAUCUCUUUAAAUGAUCUAUUAAUGAAUGGCCCAGUAGUCCAAAAAGAACUUUUUGAAAUCUUAAUAUCAUUCAGAUUAGAGGCCUAUUUCUUUAUUUGUGACAUUCAAAAGAUGUUUAGAUGCAUUCAAUUAAAUCCAUCACAACGGUCUCUUCAAAACAUUUUAUGGCGAGAGUCUCCUGAAAAAGACAUUCUAUGCAUACAGCUGAGCACAGUAACAUAUGGUCUCAAGUCAUCCUCAUAUCUAGCCACAAGAUGCCUUAUAGAGCUUGCCACAAGAUAUAAAGACCAAUUUCCGUUGGCCUCUGCUAUCUUAAUAAAUAACACCUAUGUGGAUGAUGUGCUGGUGACUAGCAAGACCGAAUGCGAACUUUUACAAAUGAAAGCUGAAUUAGUAGGGCUACUUGAACUGGGAAGUUUUUACUUGCACAAAUGGGCCUCCAACUCCACUGCGUUACUUCAAACUAUACCAGUGGAUAGUCGUUAUUUUGGAGAGGUCGAACUGCACAAUGAUAUGUCAGUAAAAACAUUAGGGGUGAGUUUUGACGUGAAGGACGAUCUGUUCAAAACUGCCUGCCCAGAGCCAUACAAAAGCACUCAUGAUACUAAGAGGGACAUAUUAAGUUAUAUUAGUAAGUUCUAUGAUCCCCUGGGUCUUAUAGGGCCUAUACUUGUUCGUGCGAAAGUCAUCAUGCAACAACUGUGGCUUAGUGAAACAGACUGGGACUCCAUUCCGCCAGAAAACGUACGUAAGAUGUGGGUCGAUUUCUCACAUGAUUUAUCACUCAUGGAGCCAAUUAAAGUGCCUCGAUGUGUGACGACACAAGGUAUAGCUGUCCACCAACUUAUAGGGUUUGCUGACGCUUCAUCAGUAGCAUACGGUUGCUGCCUCUACUUGCGCUCUAUCGACGCACAAGGUAACAUUCGUCUUGAAUUAUUAUGCUCCAAGUCCAGGGUAAACCCGCUCAGGAAACAGCUGACUGUGCCCAGGCUAGAAUUGAAUGCUGCGCUGCUUCUCUCGGAAUUGUCUGUAAAGGUAUAUAAUACACUUAUAAAAAAGAUUAAUGUACAUGACACUUACCUCUUCUCUGAUUCUCAAAUUGUCCUAGCGUGGCUAAAAACCGACGCGACAAAAUUGCAAACUUAUGUUGCAAAUAGAGUCAGAGCAAUUCAGGAGCUUACACAUAGUUGUUCAUGGCAAUACAUUAACACUGCUGAAAAUCCUUCAGAUUGCCUCAGCAGAGGCCUGCAGCCACAAGAGCUGAAAGACCACCAUUUAUGGUGGAACGGUCCUUUGUUUUUGCAUAACAAGGACUAUAAUUUUCAAUCUAUACUUGACAUGCCUACAUACUUACCUGAGGUCAAAUGUAGCGACAAUAAAGUUGUAUGUAAUACAACUACUACAUUAGACACAAAUGUAUACGAAAAGCUUAAAAAGUUUUCUAAUAUCAAUAAAAUGUCACGUGUAUUUUCUUACAUUCUACGUUUUUGUAACAAUCUCAAAAAAGACGCUGUUAAACAAACAGGUUUUUUGUCUACAGCCGAACUUCAUAAAGCCUUAUUAUUGAUUGUGAAAAACGAACAACAUCAUUUUUAUGAAAGUGAAAUUAAAUGUUUAUCUAAUCAACGACAGCUAACUGGUAGUUCCUUAACACCUUUGACCCCUUUCUUAGAUGGUAAUGGCAUACUUAGGGUUGGUGGCCGACUGCAUAAUGCCUCUAUGCCAUACAAUGCAAAACACCCUGCAAUACUACCUAAAGGUUCUGAAAUUGCUGACUUAAUAAUUCGAGAUGAACAUUUAAAGCUUCUUCAUGCGGGGCAAAAGUUAGUCUUAACUUCUCUGAAACAACGAUUUUGGUUAAUUGAUGGAUUGCGCACUGUAAAGAAGGUAAUUCAUAAAUGUGUCACAUGUUUCAGACUGAAAGCCUCCGCGUCAGCUCAAUUGAUGGGUUCCUUGCCUGCUGAACGAAUAACAGCGUGCCGCCCAUUUCAAAAGGUCGGGAUAGACUUCGCUGGUCCGGUCUCUGUCAAAAACAGCCGCAUAAGGAAGCCUAUUAUAGGAAAGGGUUACAUUGUUAUAUUUGUCUGCUUCGUGACAAAAGCGAUUCAUAUAGAGCUCGCGUCUGACCUUACCACGGAAACCUUCCUGGCUUGUUUCAAGCGCUUCAUAGCGAGACGGAACCUGCCCAGCGACGUCUACUGCGACAACGGCGCCACAUUCAAAGGGGCAAGGAAUCAAUUACAUGAUUUGUAUCGCUUACACACUAAUAAGGUUCACCAGGAUCAGGUUUGCACAUACGCCUCGGAGCGUGGCAUUUCUUUUAACUUUAUUCCCAGCUACAGCCCAGUCUUCGGUGGCCUGUGGGAGAGUGGCGUUAAGAGCGCCAAACACCACCUAAAACGUGUGGUAGGUAAAGCCUUGCUUACUUAUGAACAACUAAAUACCGUAUUGACGGAAAUAGAAGGAGUAUUGAACUCUCGUCCAUUGACUGCAGUGACGGCUGACCCAAACGACUUCUCAUUCUUAUCACCAGGGCAUUUCCUCACGGGUGCACCAUUAAAUACUUACCCAGAGCGUGAUGUAAGUAACACUCGUAUAAAUCUGUUAAAGUUCUGGUCAAUUGCGGUCAAUAUGAAACAACUGUUUUGGAAAUACUGGAGUAGGAAUUAUUUAAACCUACUUCAAUGUAGGCCUAAAUGGCGUAAAGAUAUGCCUAAUGUUACUAUUGGUAGUCUUGUAAUAUUAUGUAAUGACAAUACACAACCCUUAUAUUGGCCUAUGGCACGUAUCACGAAUGUAUUUCCUGGAAAAGACGGAAAAGUUCGCGCUGUAGAGCUACAAACUGCUAAUGGUCACAAGCACAACAGGUCCAUAACGAAGAUUUGUGUAUUGCCAAUAGAUUGUAAUUAGAAAAGUAAGUACUUAAAUAUAAUUAUCUAAAUAACAUAAUUUUCUUUUCUUUCAAGCAUAUAAAUAUGCAUUUAAUUGUAACUUAACACUGUGAUGCUCUCAUAGUUCCAUGUUAAUAGAAUAAGAAAUACUAAUGUGUUUAUAUAGUGUUCUUUUAGGUAAAUAUAAUAUGCCAUUGAAUACAUAAUUUGUUACAUAACUUACGUUAACGAAUAUUAUUAUAUAAAUUAAGUAAGUGUUGAAUCUUUGAUAAUUAUAAUACCUAGAUACAUAAAUACUUGCUGUUACAUAAAAUAAUUACUCAACUUAAAUUGUUAUGCUUAGGUAAAUGAAUAAUUUACUUAAAUAAGCGUUAUAUUAUGUUACAUAGUAAACUAAAUAACUUUCUACGAUUAUAAACUGUGCUAGCCAUAAUCUAUAAUGUAAAACAAAUAUUUUUUUAGUACUUACCUUUAAUAUCUUAUAAUAAUUAAGUCAUGUUAGGUACUCUUUAAAAUGUGAUGGUUGUGUAUACUUAAUUUAUAGUAAAACAAUAUGUUUGUUUGUAGUAUACCUUUAUUUUAUAUAGAGCUUAAUUUACAUUUUCAACUGAGGCCUUUGUAGUGAUUAUAUACAAUUAACUAUACCUAAAGCAUAGCUGUCUUCUAGUGUAUAACUUAAAUUUGUUUUCAUUAUUUGCUGAGGCCCUAACUUAUGUUGGCAACACCAACAAUAAAAUAUUAUUUUUUUUAUUAUUGUGGCAACUUUAAAAUCGCUCUCUCUUCCUCCUUCAACGCCAUCAAGAUGUAACGUGUAACAUGUCGUGUGCAAGAAAAUAAAUAAUUUUGCUAUAACUUACAACAACGUCUUUGAAUACGA